AUUCGUCCGUCCUCCAUGAUCGCUUUCGAGAGUUACUAAUUUUUCUCGCUUUCGAAUAUUUUAUGAGGCGACAUCUGUGUGUCGACGUAACGAUUAAACGCGCUAGAUUCGAAUUCAGAUGUUAUUUCACGAUAUUGAGAAAAACGUUAUCGUUGAAUUUUUUAAUCAAUAAAUAUUUGUUAAUUGUAUUUGGUCUGCGUUAAUGAAAAAUAUAGGAAGAACUCUAUAGAAGAAAACUUUCAUGACGAGUGUAAAUAAACUCGCUGGUAGGAUCAGAAGAAUAAGAAAGGUUAAAAGUUGGGUCAUUGAUUUAAUAUUAAUUAAGCAUAAUGACCAAGCCAUUUGUUUAUUGAUCCGCUUGUCACGGUCUAUCGACCAGUCAAUUACAUUUAUAGUCGAUUAUUAACAAAUAAUAUGUUAAAAGAGUCUUUUAUUUAUUUAAGUACUAGGAGAAGUAAUUUAAGUACUAUAAUAGAACGAUCUAUUUCCAUUAAUUUCUUUCGAUCUAAUAGUUGAGGAAAAAAUAUCUAAUAAUAAAAUUUUUGGUCGUUGUUAUCAUUGUUGUAUCAUUAUUUUAAGAAAAUUUAGUCUAAGCAUCGUCUACAUCCUACAUAUAUAAGCUCGUACACUUUCCUGUUCUUCAUGCAGUUGCUUGGAGACUUUCGGCGCGGCUUCUUAAUUCUGAAAGAAUACCGUCUCUUCUUCCCUAACUUUUCUUCAUAUCAUUUCACUUUAUCGUCAUUUUAUUCUUUCAAUCAACUAAAUUAUAAUUUCCAUUUUGUGUCGUGCCGCUGAGAUCGUCUUAACGAUAGACAACUCUUUUUGCCGAAAGCAAUAACUAUCGUUUCAUAUAUCGCUUUAUCUACAAAUCAGGAACGGUAUUUUUUCAAAAAGAAGAAAAAGAGGAAAAAGAAGAAGAAAAAAAGGAGAAGAGAUAGAAGAAAAAUAGAAGAUAAGUGCUUUUCACGAUUUGUUCGACAAACAUUUCCAAGAUUAAAGGUUGGUGAACGAUUGGAGAGAGAGAGAGAGAGAGAGAAGAAUGUCGGCUCUCGUGGACUGGUACAAGGAUUUGAUGUACAAUAAGAAUGAUCCGAGAACGAAAGAUUGGUUCUUGAUAUCGGGACCAGGUCCGAUAUUGACCAUCCUCAUUACCUAUUUAUACUUUUCUCUGUCGGCCGGACCGAAGUAUAUGAGAGACAAAAAGCCAUAUAAUUUGAAGAAUACUCUCAUAGUUUAUAAUUUUAUUCAAGUAUUGCUCAGCAUAUACAUCGUUCACGAAGGUUUGAUGUCAGGAUGGUUCUACCAUUACAAUUUUUAUUGUCAACCGGUCGAUUACUCGAACGAUCCAGUAGCAUUAAGGAUGACUCGAGCCGUAUACACGUACUUCGUAUGUAAACUGAUCGAACUAUUGGACACGGUAUUUUUCGUUCUACGGAAGAAGGAGAAGCAAAUAUCAUUCUUACACGUCUAUCAUCACGGGCUGAUGCCUUUCGCCGCUUGGAUCGCAGUUAGAUGGCUGCCUGGUGGACACGGUACCUUACUCGGCGUUAUCAACUCUUUCGUACACAUCAUCAUGUACACCUACUACAUGCUCGCUGCGUUCGGACCACAAAUGCAGCCCUAUCUUUGGUGGAAGAAAUAUCUGACGAGUUUGCAACUCUUGCAAUUCUUAAUAGUCGGUAUUCACGCCAGUCUAGUCCUAUUUAACGGUUGCAAUUUUCCAAAAAUCCCGAUCGUCCUUUUGGUCAUCAAUGCCGGUGUCUUCAUAUAUCUCUUCGGCUCGUUUUACGUUGUCACCUAUAUGAAAUCUUACAACGUUGAGAAGAAAAAUGAGCAAAACGAUAGUGAGACGGUUAAAGAUAAAUCGAAUUGAGAAAGUGAAGCUCUAAGGAAAACAGAUUUAACAAGAGAAGCAGUUUUCUCAAGGAUUAAACGUCGAGAUAGAUAUGCGUUCUACUAAACGAACAUGUCGAACUCCUAGAAGAAUACUGUUGCGAUUGAAAUAUAUAGAAAUUUUUAGAAGAGAAGGAAAGUCAAAUUCUACUUAAAUUUCGUUUAAUCGCGAAAUAUCUAUGACAAUUAGAAUUUCGAUAUUUCGAGAUAACGAAGUUUAGAUGCUCCUUGAACGCUAAUCGGUCAAGUAGCCGGGACAACAAAAUCAGAUUAUCGUUUCGGGCAUAUCUUAAGCCCGUGGGCUUAACUUGAGUUUUUUUUUCAGUUGCGACAGUAUUCUUCCAAGGGCGCGAUAUGUUGGAUAUCGCUAAUAUGUCAAUUAUAGUUCGUCCAUCGGCCUCAAUCAAACGUCUUCCAAUUGUAGAAAGCCGGGGAAUCGUCGGGGAGACUAAAAUGCGAUUAUAAUUAAACAAAACUUUUUUUUUUGCUUGCACUCUUUCGCAUUUGAAUGCUGAUUGUUCUCCGCGCGACAGUCUUUCGUCCUAUCCAUCCUUUUCGCGUCGGAUGGGAGAAACAAACGAUAAUUCUACGAUACCGGAUUUUUUUACGCUUACACGAAUCAACGACUCUAAACCUAACGACUCCGCAAUUACUUCUUUUAGGAUCGCAAUAACGCAGAAUUCAAAGGUGAACGAUGAUUGGAGGGGUCGCGUGCUUACUUGCCUGUUCCGGUUAGAUAGGACGCAUUAUUUCACAUUUUCCUCGGCUGCGCGGGCUUGUCUUUUGUUUUUUUGUCGAUAGUCGAUAUUAUUAAUUGCUACUGAAAAUUUAUAAACGACGAUAUCUUGACAUGGCAAAUAUCGCGUUUUUCUUUACAACCCGAGAUAUAUUCCACGUACUCUAUUCUACAUACUCCUAUCCUAGACGAACGAGAAGACUUUCUCGUCAGCUGCACGGCAGGUUUGUUUUCAAGCAUGAAGCGAUAAAUAGUAAAUUUAAGUAGUAGAGGAACGGAUUGAUGGAUGGCAGGGAUCGUAAGGCCCAUGCCCAGAAAUUGUCCACUUACGACCGUCGUUACUUGUUAUUGAAUUACUCGAACUGACUUUGGCGUAACUUUACAAACGUAAAUAUAGAAAAAUAAAAAUAAAGAGAGAAAAAAAGAAACAUUAUUAUACGUUAAAAAGUCAUGUUCAAAUUCCACGUUUGGAGAAUUUUUUUGUCUACAUAGAUCGGAUACCUCUUUACAUAAGCGAUUUUACAUAAACGUAAUGGAAAAUUGUGAACUUGUCAACGUUUAAUUGUAAUUUUGUCAUUUUUAUAAAAAAAUUCUUAUUUUUAGAAAACUCUUUUAGAAAUAUAAUGCCACUGCCACUGAUGCGACGGAUCGGCACUAUUGGUGUAUAUAAUAUUACCAUCCGGUCAAAAGUUUUCCUAUUCUUUCGGAUCGGAGAUUCGGAGAUUAAUGGAAAUUUAUAUAACCGAUUCAUCGAAAUUUCUAUUCAUGAAUCGCUUCAAAAUCGCGACGAUUUGUAUCACUGUAGCGUAUGUUUUUAUCUGUCUAUAAUAAAUAUUGCAGUUUUUUAUCUAUCGAUCAAUAAAUAUUGCAAGUAUUAGAA